UUGGCGCGAGACGCUGAGCGAACUUGGUGAUGGAACGUCAGAGACACGCCCCCAGCUUCUCCUACCAUGUGGUUGAUAUAAACACAGUUCACUUUCGUGACAAGCUUUUUGGCUUCAACAUUUUCUUAACUGUGCGCUCAUUAACAGCUGUCAGCAUGUCUGUGUCCGUCGACGUGAAUUUUCAAACCCAGAUUGUGUCUGUUUUGGAUUCACUUACAAAGGUGGCCGUCGUGGAAAUAACGAAACUGUUCGAGUGUCAAUUCCUUGCUAAAGGAACCACCGUUCUCAUUGAAGGGCAGACAGAGCAAAAUGAAAUCCUGCAAACGGUGGACUCUGUCAAAAAGUCAGGCAAGAAAUGUCUUCGCAGUAUCGGAGUUCAAGUGGAUGAGGAGUUAACUGCCCCAAAACAGUGCUCCUUCUCAAAGGUGAGCAGUGAGGAGGGUCCUGCACAUCAUAUCACCCUGCUGGAGGCUAAUCAGCCUGCUGACCUAAAGUGCUAUGUUCUAGAACACAAGGAUGUGGAGAUGGUGAAGGGGAGCAGUCUGGAACCAGAAUCCCCAACAACCACUGAGACAGAAGGAGAACAAGUUAUAUAUUCCACCCCUAAGUAUCCAAACCACCUCUCUGGUACUGUUCAAAGCUCCCCAACUAAGCAGAAACUCCAGCCCCUCAAGACAGAAUCAGAGAAUGGAAUGAACACAGAAUGGGUGACUAAAGUCUUCUGUCCAAUGGUCCCAAAGGCAGAAGAGCAGUAUUCAACACCACAGGCAAAUUGUAAAGAAAAGCCUAUCCAGGUGGAGCCCCAGCAGGCCAGUGUCAGCACCGCAAAGGAGACAGCCUAUAGCCCGUCCACCUCAGAUGGUGCUUUGGCUCCUGAACAGGCUAAGAGAAAGUUGACAUCUAUGGGUGCAUUGGACCCUCCCUCUGCGGUGAAGAAUAAAAAGGUGGACUUCAAGCUGGACCAGACCUCCCUGGAGCACAAAUUGACGAGGGCCUGCUCAGUGCUGCUGGUGAACCUGCUUUUGGUGCCUGGAGGGAAGAAGGCUAAUGGGAGCUACUGUCACAACAGCAAGAGGUUCCCCAUGCCCAAGGACCUCAAGACCCACCAGGGCCUCCACACAGGCCGGCGCCUUUGCUGCUUCACUCAGUGUGGGAACGAUGUCUGGCGGCUUCAAAGCGUCCUCUCCCCGAGCCACUCCUACGGUUGCAAGAUCUGCGGGAAGAGUUUCAAACGCAGGAAGAUCUUGAGGAGGCACGAGCGCUUCCACAACGGGGAGAAGCCCUAUUCAUGCUACCAGUGCUCAAAGAUGUUCGCCCUGCGGAAAAGCCUCCGCAGGCAUGAGAGGUUCCACACGGGGGACAAGCCUCACAGCUGCCUCCAGUGUGGGAAAAGCUUCCGGCUUAGGGACAAUCUGAAGGCUCACCUGCGCUUUCACACAGGUGAGAGACCUUUCACCUGCUCCUUCUGCUCCAAGAGCUUCAGAAUCCUCAGGAACCUUGAGGAACACAGCGUUGAUCACUUGGGAGUGACAGCGAAGUAGCUCACUUUCCGACAAAGAGAGCUGUUCCUAAGCAUUAGCACCUAGCAGCCUUUAUCGGCUGGUUGUGUAAGCCGCAUUACAAAGCUUAUCUACCUCUAACGGAAACUACUAAAUGUCCAUUCCUCAUUUAUAACCUAUCAUUCAGCAUUGGUUGUUUUUGAACGAUACUAUGAUUGUAAAUAACCAUUAUGACGGAAGAUGGGGAGGGUGGAAAGAUCUGAAAUGAGGCAGUCAACCAUCCUGCGUAGGUUUGGAUUGUCCAGAAUGAUCAUCUGAGUAAAGCUUUAGUGGACACUGAUGUUAUUAAUAGCCAUAAUGUUUUUCCAGGCACCGAUUAUGCCUAGUCCUAAACCAAAAAGUUAUUGGAAUGGAGAUUUUGUAUUGAGCAUGCUGGACUAGGCUUUAAUCUGGGUCUGGAAAACUGGCCCUAGGUCUUUACACUGUAUUUCUUUGGCCAAAACACUAUGGACAUGGAACUGUUGCAUGUCUCUUUGAAGAAUACAUAGGCCAGGGCUGAGCUUAGUGUGAGGUCUUUCUCAGACAAUCUGUUUUCAUGAUACAUCUUUUCACUUUGUAGUAAAUACAAACAGAUUGUUCCUUUGUGUAUUUUGGUUUGUAAGUAGUUGUAAAGGUAGGCUUAAAUUUGCAUGUUUGUUUUAUACUUUUAUCUUGAACCAUUAUGCCAAAUACUAUAGUAAUGCAGCAACUGUCUCUCCUUAUCUUUGUUCAUAAUGCUGUUUUUGUCAGGAAAACACCAUACUUAAACUUCCCUGACAUCUACACAGGAAAAAGUAUCUAAAGACACAUGACUUAGUUUAAAAUUAAAAGAAUGGGAAGUAUGAUGCAGCCUUUAAUUUUGCAAAUACACAUUUGAAUGUAAUCUGUAGAGAGAAGUUAUUUCAUAUCAUUUUUUGAUUGAAGCUGAUGUCUCUGACUUGUGAUUUGUUGAAGAUAUAACAAAUAUGACUACAUGGCUUUUAAUUAUAAUCCAAAAUUGUUUGGGGGGGGGGAGAAUGUUCAUCCAUUUUAGAAUAAGGCUGUAACAUAACAUGUGGAAAAAGUCCAGGGGUCUGAAAACUUUCCUAAUGCACUGUAAUUCCCUGCGUUUGUGUGAAAAGGUCAGUUUUAUGGUAUGUACUGUGGUUGGCCCUUUUGUCUGGCAAUAAAAAAACACCACUUGUAUUAUUGAUUUCACUAAUGCCUUAUAAAAAUUGACACAUCAGAAGUGUCUGGUUGUGUGAA